CUAGUGCUCGGUAGUAACGCGGUUAUGGAUCAUUACAUGUCAACAUGUCACUUCUGAGAGUGUCUGCCUUUGUUAAAUGCCUUAACCGUCGCAGUUUGUUUGAAAAGUGUGCUGUUCGCGUGUCUUUUGCGGACUGCUGUCGGCUGUGUGUGUCAUUAAGGAACAGUUCAGUCAGGAGAAUAUCAGAGUCUCCCUUUCAGCUCCAAAGAAGAAAUGUUUCAUUUGUUCUCCCGAAGGCAGAUGAUGGAAAGAAACGUGUGCUGGAGCAGUCUCAGUUGUUAGAUGUGCUUGAGGCAAGGAUACACCAACUCCAGUCUGAUGUCGUUCUAGAUUUCCAGCAUGCAAAGGUGCAGUUUGUUAAAGCCCCUUCCUCUGGGAGAGGGAGUUUAUCCAGUAAGGGUCCCAAAGGUGGCUCUCAAGAAAAAACUGACAUUACAAAAUCAGGACAGACUGCUUCAAAGGCAGCCACUAAAUCUCAGCCCAGCAGAUGGAUGGAAAAGUUAUCUCGGGAGAAGAAAAUCAAACUUAAGAAACAGCAACACAUCCAGCAGAAAAUCCAGAAUAAGCCUACAGCCAAAUCUAAAGGUAGCAAAGGCAGCUCCAUGCUCCCUGGCACAUCGCACAAGACUAUUUCUACCACAGCUAAAAAGACUGUACCCUCGGUUAAGAAAAGCAAAGAUCACAAGAGGUUGGCUGAUGAGAUUCAGGCUGCAGUUUCUUCAACUGCUUCCUCCACUGCUGCUUCUGCUGCAGUAGUGAUGGCAGCCAUGCCGCAUAAAGCUGCUGAAGGAAAACAGAAAAGGCUGAAAAAACAGGUUCCUACUGAAGAGAGCCAACAGAAAACUGUUACUGAUGCUGAGAGCAGGGCCAACGAGCUGGCUGAGUUGGAGGAGCUGGAGCGUAGGCUUAAUCUAGAAGCAGGCCAGGCAAUGCAUUCCAGUAAGUCUGAGCGUCAACAGGAGAACUCUGUAGGAACUGCGUGUGGGGACCUCCAGAUGAGCAUUCACUCUUACCUUGAGGCAUGUGUGUUUGCGGGGGAAAAUGAGAGGGCACACCGCUUCCUGCUCAGCCAGCACAGAGUGAUGAGUCGACGUAAACAUCUUAACACAGACAUCUACAACAUCAUGAUGAGGGUGUGGGCCAAGAAGGGCACAUUAAAUCAGAUUGGACGCAUGUUUAUCCUGUUAGAAGAGGCUGGUCUGAAGCCAAAUCUGGGAUCCUACUGUUCUGCCUUGGAAAGUAUGGGCCGCAAUCCCAACUGCUCCCCGAAGGUCGUCACCAGGUGCCUGAUUCAGAUGGAGGAGGAUUGUCUAUCGGUGGACGAUUUGUUCAGCCAGUGUGUUUUCCGUCAAGAUGAGAGAGACAUGGUGCUGAAGGCAGUUCACAUUGUCCAGCCAGACUAUCAGCCCAAACUCAAGCCCACCACGAGCGACUGCUUCUCACCAUUGGUUCAGGACUACUACAUACAGAGGGAAGACCACUAUUACCCCAAACUGAACUUCACUCAUGCUGAGCUUCAGGAGCGUUUCAAACAUCAGCUCAGCAUUGAACAGGCCUGCACUAUCACCAUCGACUCCGUGGAGGGGUCUAAGCCUGUCUCUGAAAACAUGGCCAAAAUGAGGGAGCUGCUUGCGCAUCAGCGGGCACAGUGGCAGAAGAUCCUCCUCCAGGCCCUGAAGGAGAGCAAGAUGAUCCUGUCUAACACUGACACCAAGAACUACAGGCUUAACCUUUAUCCCUACCUCUGUUUGCUGGAGGACAGGGAGUAUGUUGACAUCAUGAUACAGAGUGUUGCCAACAUGCCUCCAAGCGGUGAGUCACUGAAGAUUUUAGCCAGAGAACUUGGCAACAGGGUCCACACCAAGUACUCUGUGCGGCAGAAGAAUAAAAAUCAGGCAGUGGAGAAGUUGGGCAACAUUUACAACGCUUACACAGAGCUGCUGGCCAAUGAUAGCAAGGCCUACUCCAUCCUUCCCAGGGAGCAGUGGUGUGUGCUGGAAAUGGAGCAGAGUUCUGGACCGACACUGCAGGGCGGGGAGAUCCCCUGGCCGUACAUAGUCACUCUGGAGCUGGGCACUUUCAUGGUGGAUUUGAUGGUUAAGAACCUGAAGAUUAAUAGUGACAUCCUGAACCCGGCUUACGACAGGAAGCUCAUCCCUAUUCUCUACCACAUGUACACCUUUCGCAGCACACGGCAGGUUGGCUUCAUCAAGCCUCACCCCAUCCUGACUCAGAUGCAGCAGGACGCCAUGGAGACCACGUUAACCUUUGACUCCUAUGUGAUGCCCAUGCUGUGCCCUCCCAUGCCCUGGACUUCUGUCAGGUUUGGAGCAUACCUGCUGACACCCACCAAGCUGAUGCGCACAGUGGAAGGGGCCACACAGCAUGAGCUGUUGUUGGAGAAAUGCCAGAACCUACAUGCAGUCUUUGACUCUCUUAAUCAGCUUGGCAACUGUGCCUGGAAGAUCAACAAACCCUUGUUGGAUAUAAUAAUCUCCAUCUUCAACGAUCGAGGUAGUGAAAGGCUGGACAUCCCUCCUCCUCUGUCAGAGGCCCCUAAAAUCCCCCACUUCAACCCCCACGAUCCCUCUUACACGGCGUCUGAGAAAGCCCACAUGAAGAGGCAGGUGAUUAACGCCAAAAAGAAAUGCAGUGAGAUGCACAGCCUGCGCAUGGAUGCUCUCUAUAAACUCUCCAUCGCCAACCACAUGAAGGAUGAGCUCUUCUGGUUCCCUCACAAUAUGGACUUCAGGGGACGUACCUACCCCUGUCCUCCAUAUUUCAAUCAUCUAGGAAGUGAUGUCACGCGAGCUGUCCUUGUGUUUGCAGAGGGGAAGAAACUUGGUCCCAAGGGUCUGGACUGGCUAAAGAUCCACUUAGUAAAUCUAACAGGACUGAAGAAGAAGAGCUCAAUGCAGGGGCGGCUGGAGUAUGCCAACACUAUCAUGGAGGACAUCCUGGACUCUGCAGACAACCCUCUCAAUGGUAAGAAGUGGUGGAUGAAUGCAGAUGAGCCUUGGCAGGCUCUGGCCUGCUGCAUGGAGAUAGCCAAUGCUGCGAGAUCCUCCGAUCCAACUCAGUUCAUCUCUCAUUUUCCCGUUCAUCAGGACGGCUCCUGUAAUGGUCUCCAGCACUAUGCUGCUCUAGGCAGAGAUGUUAUUGGUGCCACAUCAGUCAACCUCAUGCCCUGUGCCGUGCCCCAGGAUGUGUACAGCGGAGUAGCACAGCAGGUGGAGGAGUUCCGAGUGCGGGAUGCAGAGCAAGGUCUGAAGAUCGCCCAGGUCCUGGAGGGCUUCAUCAGCAGGAAGGUGGUCAAACAGACCGUGAUGACUGUGGUGUACGGGGUCACACGCUAUGGGGGACGCCUCCAGAUAGAGAAAAGGCUGAAGGAGAUUGAUGAGUUCCCUAAGGAGUUUGUUUGGGAUGCAUCUCACUACCUGGUGCGUUUGGUGUUCAGUGGCUUGAAAGAGAUGUUUACAGGGACCAGAGAGAUCCAGGAUUGGCUGACAGAAAGCGCCAGGCUCAUCUCCAAGUCUGGACACACUGUGGAGUGGGUGACACCCCUGGGUUUACCCGUCAUUCAACCUUACCACCGCACACGCAACCAAGUGCUGAAAAGUACCAUGCAACAUAUCAACCUCCAGAUCAGCCAUGACACCAAAGAGAGGCCAGACACAGUUAAACAGAAGAACGCCUUCCCGCCAAACUUCAUCCACUCUCUGGACUCCACGCACAUGAUGCUGACUGCUCUCCACUGCUACAGUGCUGGCCUUACAUUCGUCUCCGUUCAUGACUGUUUCUGGACCCACGCCCUCACUGUGGACACCAUGAACAAGAUCUGUCGGGAACAGUUUGUCAGCCUGCACAGCCAGCCAAUCCUUCAAGAGCUGUCCACCUUCCUGCUACAGAAAUACUGCAGUGGGCUCUCGAUUGAGGCCAAGAAGAAGAAGUACCAAGAGUACAGGAGGCUGAUUUUGCUGCUGGCCAAAGUUCCACAGACAGGUGAUUUUGAUCUCCAGCAGGUGAAAGAAUCCACUUAUUUCUUCAGCUGAGAAGCUUGUGAGGGGAAACCAGUGGAGGGAGAUGAGUGGAAUUGACAGACUGCAGCAGGGAAGCCAAAGUCCUGGGGUUUCAAAUGGCUUUGUCUCCUUCAGACAUCAGUACAUUGAUCCAGCCGCGCCCUGCCUGUCUCCUGGUCCACAGGCUGGCUGGAGCUGCUGGACGCAUUAACACACAGUGAACCUGCCUGAUUAACUGACUAGUGGGCUGAUUGGAGGAAGAAAGCGGGUGGGGGAGGGGGAGGAGGGGUGCAAUAGAUGGAGGAGUAAACCCCAUGGGGGGAAUAUUGAGUACCCAAUCAGUGAAAAUACAUCUUUUAUAAAGGAUACUUUAUGCUAUAUUCAGGUGCAUGUGUGAGUGUGUACACAUGAACAAUACUGACUGAAUCAUGUAUGAAACUGUUUCUGUCUUUCAUACUUAGCAGCUGUUCUGCUGUUCAGUAAUACUGAGCAAAAACGUCUCAACUGAAAACUGUAAAUGUGAGCAACUGAUGUGUUAGUUUGUGUUGUGUGUGUGUGUGUGUGUGUGUGUGUGUGGGCAUAUUUUUAUGCUGUGAGGACCUCCUUGGAGUUCUCAUUUGCCUUUGUAGCUGCCCCACCUAAGUAUCAAUCACAUUACUAAACGGAGGUAACCCGUUGUGAACUAUGAAAAGAAAUGAAAGUGGACUUCACUGUAACAUGAAAUACAGGACUCUCCUGUAAGGAGAAACAAGGAGCAAAUAGCCAUGGAGCUCUUUACAUUCAUUGUGUGCUGCUGUAUACUCUUGAUUUUUAGCUUCUUGGAGUGACUAAGCACUUGGCAGCUUUCCUAAAAUAAAUAUGUUUCUUAA